AUGAAGCGCUGCACCAUGGAGCGCCGCACCAUGAAGCGCCGCACCAUGAAGCGCCGCACCAUGGAGCGCCGCACCAAGGAGCGCCGCACCAUGAAGCGCCGCACCAUGGAGCGCCGCACCAUGGAGCGCCGCACCAUGGAGCGCCGCACCAUGAAGCGCCGCACCAUGGAGCGCCGCACCAUGGAGCGCCGCACCAUGGAGCGCCGCACCAUGAAGCGCCGCACCAUGAAGCGCUGCACCAUGGAGCGCUGCACCAUGGAGCGCCGCACCAUCGAACACAAGAGGAACAUCUACAGAGGGCUCACAAUCACACAAACAAUGCGCAUCAGUCUGAAGCUGCCGCCGCUGCAGAAGUGUUGGCUCCAAACCCACGUGGAUCCUCUGAGUGAUUGGACGCUGCUAAAGCUCUAA